AUCAUCUAGAUUAACACCGCUUUAUACUCGUGUUGUUUACGGCUUGUCUGAAGUGCGUUUGUACCUAAUUUUUUGACAUUAACCAAACACGUACAGGUACGCGACUAUUAUUAUUGUCAUCUAAUUUAGGCAAUAGCCGUGCUGCUUGUGGAAGAAGUAGUGGCAUUUAUAGGGUUAGUUCAUCAGCGGGAAGCAUCCAUUUUAUCAUCGACGAACUUCUUCAUGUUUCAUAAUGAGUGAUUAUUCAGCGGUGAAUCCGCCAACGGAUAGUAAAGUUCAGAGUCAAGCUUUUGCCGCGGCAUUACAACGCGCUAAAGAGAUUGCAGCAAAAAUACAACCAUCAUCUAAAGCUAGUUCUACUACUGGUUCCAUAUCUCCAGAAAUACAUAAAAGACCUUUAGACGAUUACAACAAUACUUCAGAACCGGAUAGAAAAAGAAUUGCAACAUCACCGGUGGCUUUAGCCGCCGCACAAGCAGCAGCCGUGGCCGCCAGAGUGGCGGCAGCAGCAGCUGGCGUCCAAGGCAUCGGUGGGCCUGGAUCCCAAUUUAAUAAUGUAGUUAAUGAAGAAAUAAAAGUUCCUGACAAGAUGGUUGGUCUCAUUAUAGGUCGCGGUGGAGGACAGAUAAGUAGAUUACAAGCUGAAACUGGCUGUAAAAUACAAAUGGCACCAGAUAGUCCUGGUAUACUAGAAAGAUCAUGUACACUUACUGGGAAUGCUCAAAGCAUAACUUUGGCUAAAGAAAUGAUACAAAACAUUGUUCAAAAUAAAGUAUCUGUUGAAGGAACAGGAGGUGCAAAAAUUGAAGGACUUAACAUAUCAUCCCCACCUUCUCAACCUGCUUUUUCACAGGCUCAAAUAAUGAUCCCUGGAGCAAAAGUUGGUCUCAUAAUUGGUAAAGGUGGUGAAACUAUUAAAAUGUUACAAGAAAGUUCAGGAGCUAAAAUGAUAGUUAUACAAGAUGGACCUAAUAGUCAAGAAGCUGAAAAACCAUUGAGGAUAUCGGGUGAAACUUCCAAAGUAGAGCAUGCCAAAAAAUUAGUAUAUGACAUGCUAGGUGGACUAAAUGACAAAGAUGGAAUGUCCAAUUUCGAUCAAAAUGGAUCAAACUGGAAUGGUUCUAAUAGUGAUUAUGGUAAUCACUCUGGAUAUGGAGGCAAAGUUGAGGUUGGAGUUCCAAAACAAGUAGUAGGAUUAGUCAUUGGAAAAGGUGGUGAUAUGAUUAAAAAAAUCCAGGCUGAGACUGGUGCUAAAGUUCAAUUCAUUAAUCUUAAUGAAGAUACACCAGAUGAUAGAAGGUGUCUAAUUACUGGUGCCCCUGACCAAGUGGCUGAAGCUAAACAAAGAAUUGAUUCAUUAGUUGAUAGUGCACUGAACCGAGGUGGUAAUAGACAAAGUGGUAAUUUUAAUAGAAAUCAAAAUUGGGGUAAUAGUGGACAAACUCAGCCCUUAAAUGAAACAACAUUUACAGUUCCAGCCGCAAAAUGUGGAGUCAUCAUUGGUAAAGGUGGUGAAACCAUAAAGCAAAUCAAUAUGCAAACUGGUGCACAUUGUGAGAUUGAUAGAAGACAAAAUAAUGCUGGCACUGAAAAAACAUUUGUUAUUAGAGGAACGACUGAGCAAAUUGAAAAUGCUAAACGUAUGAUAAAUGACAAAUUAGGUUUUGAUCCUAAUGGUGGUUCACAAAAUUAUGGAGGAAUGAACCAGCCAUAUGGAUCUCAAAUGAAUUGGGGUGCCCAAGAUAGUCAAAUGAAUCCUUAUGGUCAAUCAUGGAAUCCUGGAAUGCAACAACAAUCACAACCUCCUGCUGACCAAAGUAACUUAAACCAAAUGCCAGCUGGUGCUGGAGGACAAGCUGGUUCAGACUUCAGUGCACAGUGGAUACAGUAUUAUAGAUCAAUGGGUAUGCACAGAGAAGCCGAAUUUAUUGAACAACAAGCUAAACAAAUGAAGUUCAAUGGUCAAAUGAAUGGGGCAAAUGGUGUUCCUCCUGGAAGUGUCCAACAGCAGCCACAACCUGGAGCUCUUCCACCUAAUGGUGUCAUGGCUGUUAAUCCUGUUGUAGCAAAUGGUGCUGGAGGCAGUGCUGCGGGAAGUGCUGGAACUCCAGACUAUAGUGCACAGUGGAUUGAUUAUUACCGUUCAAUAGGUAAAGUUAAAGAAGCUGAAAUGGUUGAGCAACAAGUUAAAGCAAGGCAAAUGGCUAUGCAAAAUCCAAGUAAUGGUCAACCUAGUGGGUCUGAUCAAUCACCUCAACAACCCAACACCUCCAGCCCUCAAUCUGGUCAACAACAGCCCAUGGCUGAUGUUUCAAAUAUGUAUGGUACCCAAUAUGGAAUGGCUUAUGGUGCAGGUGGUUAUUAUGGAGGUCAGAAUUCAGCAGCAGCCCCUAGUGGUUAUGGGGCAUAUGCUUCGGGUGGUAAUGCUUAUGCAGGCUACCAACAAAUGCCACAACAAGAUCCACCUCAACAAUAGUAAGGAUAUGCAUCCAAAUAUACUAUUAAAUGUAUUAUUGCAGAACUUCCAGAUACCAAGGAUAUCUUCGUUUUGGUCAGGUCCAUUCAUUAUAUAACAUAAUAUUAUAACUUAGUUUGUCUUCUCCGCGCAAUAUAUUCAUAUAUAUAUUUUUUUUUAUAAUUAAUAUAUUCAAUUAUGUUUACCUGUGUACAAUACUUUAAUUUAAAAAAAAAACAUUUUGUAGUGAAAAAAUGUGGUGAAGCAUAUUGUUGUCUAAGAAUAUUGAUUACAGGCAUUUAUAUAUAUAUAUGUAUACAUUAUAUAUACAUAUAGUAAGUGAAACUGGAAUGCUCCAAUGUGGGCUAUGAUUAUAUUAAAAUGAUCAUGUUUUAUUUGAUUAUAUGGUAUUCUAUAAUAUUCUUAAA